CAAACUUGCCUAACUAGUCAUUUAUUUAUAUACAUAAAUUCCCCACAUCUGAAUUCUGUUAAAAAUGGCUUUUGCAAGUUUCAUACCUCUUUUUGCAUUUCUUCUUCUUCAACCUCUUUCAACUAAAAGUGACUUCCUUUCUCCUUUGCUUUCUCCUAUAUUUGAGGACGUGUGCAAAGAAGUGGAAUGUGGGAAAGGAACAUGCAAACCUUCUAAGAAUAGUACUUUCCCUUUUGAGUGUGAGUGUGAUCAUGGUUGGAAGAAAGCUCUUGAUUCCAUUGAUGAUGAGGGAUUGAAGUUUCUUCCUUGCAUCAUUCCUAAUUGUACAUUGGACUACUCUUGCUCCAAAGCUCCUGCCCCAGCUCCAGAAAAAGCAAAAAAAUCCAAUGAAUCAAUAUUUGAUGCUUGCCAUUGGGUUGAUUGUGGAGGUGGCUCAUGCAAAAAAACAUCGACGUUCAACUAUAGUUGUGAAUGCGAUACAAGCUAUUACAAUCUCCUCAAUAUCACUACCUUUCCUUGCUUUAGAGAAUGCUCCAUUGGCAUGGGUUGCUCUGACCUUGGAAUAUCAAUGUCAAACUCAUCAUCAUCAUCUGCUCCACCACCAGUACUGAAUGAGAACAGUAAGAAUGAAGCUAUCUCAAUUCUACAAGGAAGAUCCCUUUGGUUGGUCUUGGUGAUUAUGGUCAUGGCAAAGAUACAGUUGCAAUAGGACAGUUUAUGGAUGGUUUUAGAAGUUUUCCAUUUUAUGCCAUUGGAUAGGGACCGGUGAUCAUAUAGGAUCUAAUCACACGAUAAAUUUUGUCAUUAAGUAUGUCUAGUAGUACAAAAGAGAUAUUAUGGAUAUGAUAUUCCUAGCUUUUCUUCAUUCACUAUGUACAAUUAUUCUACUUGACAUUGAUGAUUGAAGGUGGUGUAACAAAUUUUUGUGCUA